AUGGCCAUGAAUCAGGUCCCCGGCCAGAAUAUCUACAUCGGAGGCAUUAUUUGCCUCAAAAACAAAGCAGCCCUAGCACGGGCAGAUAUCACACAUGUGGUUUCUGUACUGCGACUCAACCAGGCAGAUGAUACCUUUGCCCCCUACCAGCAUCUUGCCAUAGAUGUGGAUGAUGUUGAUGAUGACAACCUCUUGGAACAUCUCCCUACCGCAGUCAAAUUCAUUCAAGCUGGCUUGGAUGGAGGUGGGGGUGUCCUGGUGCACUGUGCAAUGGGGAAGUCCCGGUCCGCAACUGUCUGCAUUGCCUAUUUGCUCCACCAGCAGCCUGGUGCCCUCACACCGCAAUCUGCGCUGGAGAUUCUGAGGCAAUCCCGGCCACUCUGUGAGCCUAAUGAUGGCUUUAUGCAACAGUUAGAGCUCUACUAUGAGAUGGGCUGCCCAGAUGAUGUCACCGAACAUCCACUAUAUCGGCGCUGGUUGUAUCGCCGGGAUGUUGAGGAGAGUGUGGCGUGUGGCCGUGCUCCAGAGAUGAGGUCGGUGCGUUUCGAAGACGAACAUUCGCCUAAGUCUCAGAUAGAUAGCACUGGACGCACAGAGGAGAUCAAGUGUCGCAAAUGCCGGCGCACCUUGGCCACAAGUCCGUUCAUCAUCCCGCACGACCCCAAGUCGGGCUACAAUCCAAGGGCUCAACCAAAUAUGGAAUGCGCACAUAUCUUCCUGCACCCGCUGAAGUGGAUGCGCCCCAGUCUCUUCCCAGCCUCAGUCGAAGAUGGCGCCGACCCUGAUGCCGAUUCCACAUACACCGAUUACGCUAGCGAUGCUCCCCUAUCAGGCCGCCUUACUUGCCCCAACCCAGGCUGUGGGGCUAACGUCGGCAAAUUCGCCUGGCAGGGCAUGCAAUGUAGCUGUGGAGGAUGGGUGGUGCCCGCCAUCGGUCUCGCCAAAGCCCGAGUAGAUAUUGCCAAUCGGAUGAAUUCGACACGAGGCUCUGGAGUCCCCCAGCUUUGGGGAUUCGUAUGCCGCCAGGGAUGCGGCGAACCGAAACGAAUGACUCGAACCCAGGGCGGGGCAAUCUUUGAUAACGCCUCCUUAUUGAACGAUCUAUGA